UGAAGACAUACCAGAUUAUACAGAACUUCCCGGAUGUCAGGGACUAAGAAACACAGCAGUAUAUCUAAUCCAUUGGGUCAAUUCCGUCCUCACGUAUUGCAAGACUUUUGUAAACAAUGCGUACCCGAAAAUUGUAUGUGUGGCAACCCACAAAGAUCUAGUCAAAGGUGAUAUUGAAGAACAGAGAACUUCAUUAGAAAACUCAAUCGAAGAUCUCUUUCAAAACCAUGGAGGAAAAAAACAUCUUCAAUAUAAACCACUUAUCUUUGUUAAUGCAAGAAACAAGGAUGACGAAGAAAUAAUCACAUUAAAGAAAUUGUUAGUAGACGUUGCAUUAGACCAUCCUCGCUGUGGAGAACUGAUGCCAACCAAAUUUGUUCCCCUGGAACUUCAACUAGCAAGAAAAGUAGAGAAAAACAAGAAAAUACUAACAAUGGAUGAACUGAAUGAUAUGAACAAACAAAACGAAAAAAUGGCUUUGACCCCUACUCAGCUUAAAACAUUUCUGAAGGUCAACCAUUCUCUGGGAAAACUAAUCUACUUUGAUGAAGCUGGCCUGAGAGGUAACGUUAUAAUAGAUCCUGUGUUUUUGGUAGAUGUAUUGCGUUCCAUUGUCACGGAUGACCAGUUUUGGCCAGAUAAUCUCAAAGAAAUCUUAAAAGCUCUAAAAGAAAGCGGACAAUUGCUGAAACAGGACUUAUAUGAAAUAUGGAAGCAAGACUGUUUCCGUGAGAUCUCAACACAUAAAGAUUACAUAGUAGACAUGCUAGUUCAUUUGGACAUAAUGUGUAGACCGAAGGACGAUGAAGAUGGAUCAGACUUGUUCUUGGUGCCAUGUAUGAUUAGUACCAAACGAGAAGACAGCCAACAGAUAGACCAUGACAGAAGCAUUCAUCUGGCUUAUAGAUUUAAGGAGGAGGUAGUACCACCUGCUGUUUUGUACAGAUUCAUUGCCACCUUCAUAUCAAUAUGGAAGUUACGCGUUAGUGCCAAAUCCAGUCGGCUGAUGAUCUUUACAGACAGUGCUGAUGUAAAAAUAGACGGGGACCAUGAUAUGAGAUUUGACAUUCAGGGAAACCGAUUCAUAGUAACGCUUUCUCAUACAGAAAAGAACAUCUCCAUUGUACCGUCCAUUGCAUCUACAGCACAGGAAUGCCUUACACAUGCCAUCACAAACAUUUCCAAUUUCUAUUUCUCAGUUUCAGAGGAUUCUACUUGUAAUAGAGAUUUACCGUUUACCAUUCAGAUUGGUAUUCCUUGUGGAACAGAUCUUUGCUUUUUUGACCACACAUUGUCAUCAAAGAAAGAAUGGAAAUGCCCGGAUCACAAUAUAAAACACAAAACUAAUAUUGUGUCUAUCUGGUUUGCAGACAAGUUACCUACAAAGGACGACAGAUGCCCUCGGGAUUGUUCUGGCUUAGACAAGGUAUGGUUAGACCGCCAGCCCGAGGACAAACACCUAGGAAGAUUAGCAUCUAAACUAACACACGAAGACACAAGGACAAUAUAUAUGUUGAUAAAGGAAAAAGAACCAGCCCUGCAAUGGGAAAUUAUUAACGAAUCAAACAAGCGAGAAGGGUUUAAUAUUAAACUUAACGCGCUAUAUGAUUGGAAGAAGAGUUCUAAAUAUGCUUCAUUUAAGCAGCUACAGAAUUGUUUGGAAGAGGCAAACAUUGACAUUCAUAAACUAUGCCAGAUAUCAAGAGAAUUUCAAAAAGAGUUAGACCAACCAAGAGACAAGUUAUUUCUUAGACCAUCAGGUUUAAAUGUACAGCAACUGCCUGACCAUAUCGGUAGUCAAACUUUCCAGCUUGGAAUAGAACUGGGACUUUCUGUUGUUGAGAUGCAAAAGAUUGAAAGCAAUCAUGUGAACAAUCUUCAUGGUCAAACAGAAGAGGUUCUCAAACAAUGGAUUAAGAUUCCAGAAGCUACAUUUGAAGCUUUAGGGAAGGCUCUUCAUCGCCUUGAAUUGUCUAGUGUUUUGUCAUACUUAACUUACGAUGAAGAAAUAGGGGAACAAAUGGAAAUAGAAAUAGAUGAACAUGUUAGAGAGAGAAUCAUACAGGACAUUCAAAUCAGUCAGAUUUUAGAUUAUAUGAUGUCACAUUUGGUGAUAUCAUCAGAUGACAGACGUCGCAUUGAGCACUAUGCUGGACAAGAUGAUCAGAAUAAAGCCUUGAUUCGUGAAGUUAUUAAAAGGGGAGAACCUAUGUAUACUGUGUUUAUUGAUGCUCUCCGAACAAGUGGAUACACAGAUCUAGCAAAUGAACUGAAAAAUGAUGGACAUGAAGAAGGCUCAAGUGCAGCUAUAGUACAAACUGGAAACAUAGAACAUAAAGGGUUGUCAGAAUGGAGAGUUCCGGUGUAUAAAGUUCGUCUACAAAAGAACUAUUCAAAGAUCAUUGACAGCAUACAGCAUGAGACAAUAGUUGAUCAUCUGAUAUCACGUGAUGUGUUGACUAUAGCUGAUAGUCAAAUGAUAAAUGCUUAUCCAGCACAGAUACAAAAGAACAGGAAAUUAAUGGACAUACUUUUACAUGGAAGUGAACAUGCGUUUAUCGAAUUUCUCAAAGCUCUACGAGAAGACUCUGAAUAUACAGAACUGGCAGAUGAAAUAGAAAACACAACAGUUGCUAGCAGAGAUAUAUCAAGCAUUAAGAGUUGCUUUAAAUGAACGAAUAAACUCAUCAUAGAUAAGAGAGUAGGUUAAAUGUCAAUAUAUCUAUUUGUGGUACAACUACACCCUUUUUUCUAUUUUCAAAAUCUGUAAAAAAUAUAUCUUUUCGAAAUUUUAAUGAUUUGCAUCAAAUAACUAAG